AUUUAACCUUUCCAAUUACAAACCACAACAUAUCACACACAUCUUCAUAUUCAUAUCUUCAACAUCUCUCUCUACAAAAUGGACAACAACCACAACAACCACAACAACAACAAUAGCAACCGUUUUAAACUUAAAAUCUCUAAACUAUUUCAAUCAUCACUCAACUCUUGCCGGACCAAACCCGUCUCCGACGUCGUCACCGAACAACAACCGUUUUUCUUCCCGGAAAACCACCACCACCGUCAACUUAUCGAACUUUUCUCCCCAAAACCCCAACCAUUUUCCUCCUUUUUACACAAAUCAAAAUCCCACAUUUCUCGGCUAAAUACUAACAGUAAUAACAACAACCUUUUUCCGGCGGUUACACUCGCCGGAAAACCACCAUUCCACCGAAAAAAACCGAAAAAUUCCAAGAAAAAGAAACCCCAUCACCGGAAACCGAUCAAACUUCACGAUUUUUCAUCUGUUACCGAUAAUUACUACUACGAUUGCUGCAGCAGUGAUGAAGAUGACGAAAUUGAUAACGAAGAUGAAGAUCAAGCCACUCUGUUUUCAUCACGUUCGUUUUCUUCAGAUUCUUCAGUAUCUUACCGGAAAAACAGAGCACGCCGGAAAAAGGUGAAGAACUCCGGUGGUGGUGGAUGUAAGGAUAUGAAAGCAACCGAGGUUGUUCCGAUAACAGGGUCAUGCAAGAUGGUGAAGGAUAGUGUUGCGGUUGUGAAGAAAUCGAACGAUCCGCAUGAGGAUUUUCGGGUUUCGAUGUUGGAGAUGAUUGUUGAACGGCAGAUACUUGGAGUGAAAGAUCUUGAGGAUUUGUUGGAGUGUUUUUUGAGUUUGAAUUCUGAAGAACAUCAUGAGGUUAUUUGUGAGGUUUUUGGUGAGAUUUGGGAGACUUUGUUUUCUGACUGGUUUUAGUUGUUGUUGUUGUUUUGUUGUGGUUUGGUUUGGUGUUUUUAGUUUUAGUUUGGUUAAUUAUUGUUAUCCUAAUUAAAGAUAUUGAUAAACUUGUUUAGUAAU